AUGGCGACGGCGGCGGAGGGACGUCGCCGACGAAAGAACAGGUCCAAGUCCAAGAACACGCGUAAAGACGCCGGGGCGGCGACGACCGUGCUCGACCUCCCCGACCACCUCUUCGAGCGCGUCCUCCUCGUCCUCGGCCCUUCCCCAUGCCUCGUCCGCGCCGCCGCAACGUGCAGGCGGUGGUGCCGCGUCGUCGCGGAUGCCGGCUUCCUCGCGCGGCUGAGUUCGGCCCACGGACACGUGAUACAUGCCGGGGACUACUGCCUCGAAUUCGGAGACGAGCCCAGUUACUUCGGCUUCGUCCCCUACUCGUCGGCCGUGCCGCUCGGACGCUUCUCCCUGGACUUCCUUCCGGGCACAGAGCACUCCUGGGCGCUGCAAGACAGCCGUGGCAGCCUCCUCCUCCUCUCCAGUGUGAUGCGCCGGGACCAGGGCCCCGCUCACACGGCGCUACCAGGGGAUCCUUUGGCCUUCGGGCGUGACCUAAUCGACAUCGAGGAGGAGGCCGGAAAUCGCCGAGGCAACAUGUCCAACUUCAGGAUCCUAGCCAAGGUCAACGACAAUCUGGUCUGCGUGUUCUCCUCCGGCAGUGAUGGCGGCUGGCGUCUAAAGCGCACCCAGGCCACCAGCACCGGUACAAAACCAUGGUUGGAUAAUUUGGUGGGGCGUGUCAACGGAUUUAUGUACUGGGCAAUCCAAGAAAGCGCCGCCGUGCUUGCCCUUGAGGAGGCCACUCUGGAAUACUCCCUUGUCAAGUUCCCGGAGAACAUAUGGGGGUUGUACAAUGAAGAUGACCGUACCUCUUGGGUCGUCGCCGGUGAGGACGGUGUCUUGUGCAUCGUUUGUCUGAUGAGCAACCAGCUCAAGGUCUUUGCACGAUGGCGCCAUGAAGGAACUGGAGAAGAUGAGUGGGUGCUGGAAAAGACCCUGGGGCUGCAGGAGGCGACUGUCGGGUUACCAGGUCGUGAGGCAGGAUUUUUUGAGCAAGGCGCCACCAUUCUCACGGCAAAUUCCAGAUACGUUCUAGUGAGACCAAAGGAGAAGAAGUGGAUGUUCUCCAUCGAGCUUGACACAAUGAGGGUAGAAUGCGAGCACCAUAGAAACAACUAUGAAGGGCCAGCGUACCCGUACGAGUUGCCAUGGCCGCCGGUAUUGCCCGAUGAUCGUGGCAGGGAGAGGAGGUGAUAGGUAAUCGCCUGUGUAUUGUAGUAUUUCA